AUGGUCAACGCUACACAAAAAUCAUCAAACGGCCUGUCGCUCAACAAUCUGUUGGCAACCGGUCCCAUCGUGCAGGACACCCUUUACAACCUGCUCAUCAACUUCCGUUUGCACGCCGUUAUAAUUACGGAAGACACUGAAAAGAUGUAUCUGCAGAUACGUGUAACCGAAGACGACAGCAAGCUCAUCCGAAUGCUGUGGCAGGAGCCAGAACAACCACUGGCUGAAUGCGGAAUCAACACCGUUACAUUUGCAGAGGAUGAAGGUCACGAGUUUCCGCUGGCAAAGGAUGCGAUUGAUAACUUUUACGUCGACGAUCUACUAUCCGGUGCUGCCACACGCGAAGAAGCGAUCGAGAAGCGCCGUCAACUUUCCGCCAUGCUGCAACGAGGAGGUUUCGUCAUCCGAAAAUGGGCCUCCAACGACAAGGAAGUGCUGGCGGAGAUACCUCCAGAAGACCAGGCAGUGAAUCCUGUCCACACAGUCGACUGUCAAGACACCAUCAAGACCCUUGGCAUUCAGUGGCAGUAUCGGGAAGAUCUCCUCGCCUUUAAGACAGCGUGCGACCCCAUCAAGGAGUAUUUCACAAAACUCUCAACUAUUGCCAAAAUUUUCGACCCCCUUGGACUGAUUGGUCUUGUAGUCGUCAUAGCAAAAAUGCUGAUGCAGGAACUGUGGAAGAUCAAAGUCGAUUGGUCGGAGCCGUUGCCGAAUCAGUUUAACCACCGGUGGCGAACGUAUUUAAUGUAG